CCAAGUGCCGUGCCACUACAACUGAUAUUGCUUGUUGGUUUUGAUCACCUUGAGUCUUUGAGAGAAGAAGAAGAAGAUGGUGUCGGCAAAUAGGGAAAUGACGGUGUAUUGCUUCGACACUCUCGUUGCUCACUACAACAGCGAACAAGCUCCUCCUCCUGCUUUCGACGAUGGUCAAUACCCAUUGUUUGUUACGUGGAAGAAAGUGGUGAAUGGUGGAGUGCCAAGUUUGCGAGGAUGCAUUGGAACUCUUGAAGCUCGUUGGUUGAUAUCUGGCUUUAAAGACUAUGCAUUAACCAGUGCUCUGAGGGACAGAAGGUUCUCACCAAUACAGCCUAAGGAAUUGCCUUAUUUAGAAUGUACAGUCUCUAUACUGAUUGAACAUGAAGUCGCUAUUGAUUACCUUGAUUGGGAGGUUGGAAAACAUGGCAUAGUUAUUGAGUUUACUGAUCCUAACGAUUCUACUCACCAUAGCGCGACAUAUCUGCCCGAGGUUGCUGCCCAUCAAGGCUGGUCAAAGAUACAAACCAUAGAUUCUUUGAUGAGGAAAGCUGGUUUUGAUGGUGACAUAACUGAAUCGCUUCGGAAGCGUAUAGAACUGACCCGUUACCAGAGCACCCUAUUUACUAUGCCUUACAGCGAAUACGUGUCUUACGUCAAGACCACCCGUGGUAGCCCUCCAACCAUUAACGGAAUCAAGCAGAGAAGCAGCAAAUGAUGAUUAAAUUUAUUUAAUGUAUCAAUGGAUGAAAUUAAACAAUUCUUCAAAUUCAUUUGAAGUUUGAAGUGUGUAUAAAUAAUAGACUUGAAAUUUAUGUAUUGAAAUCACAUUUGUAAUAAUUUGUAUUUUCUCA